CAUAUGUUGGAGAUCUAGCAGAGGCAAACAGACAGGGACAGCAGACAAAGACGCUUUCAGACUGGAGUUACUCUCUGUUGCUGUUGGACAUUAUUUCCCGCCCCCCCCCAAGUCUUCAACCCUCUCAUCAAAGUUAAGUGUGAAAGUUUUGUUGUAGACAUGGAUGCACCUUCUGUUGUGAGCUCUCUUCUCCUGGCCCUCGUGCUCUCCCAGCAUCUUCACCACCACCACGUCCUCGUCCGGGCGGCGAUGGACUCCUGCUAUGAUGAGGGGGGCGGUCCGAGCCGCUGCAUGCCCAAGUUUGAGAACGUGGCCUUCAAUCGCACCGUGGUGGCAUCGAACGUGUGCGGCUCCCCACCUGAGGACUACUGCAUGCAGACCGGCUCGACGCGCUCGUGCCACCACUGUGACGCCUCAGAUCCGGACCUGAGCCACGGCGCCGGCCUCCUCACGGACUUCCACAGGAACGAGGAGCCAACGUGGUGGCAGAGUCAGUCGAUGUACUAUGGCAUCCAGCACCCCAACUCUGUCAACCUCACCCUGCACCUUGGGAAAGCCUUUGAGAUAACUUACAUAAGAUUGAAAUUCUACACCAGUCGGCCGGAGAGUUUCGCCAUCUACAAGCGCACGGAAGAAGAUGGGCCCUGGAUGCCUUACCAGUAUUACAGCGCUUCUUGUGGGAAGACCUAUGGGAAGGAUGCUAAAGGUUACAUCCGUCCAGGGGAAGAUGAAAGGACUGCUUUAUGUACGGAUGAGUUCAGUGAUAUCUCUCCUCUCACCGGAGGAAACGUGGCUUUUUCCACCCUGGAAGGUCGGCCCAGUGCAUACAACUUUGACCAGAGCCUGGUGCUGCAGGAAUGGGUGACUGCCACGGACCUGCUCAUCUCUCUGGACAGGCUGAACACCUUUGGAGACGAGUUUUUCAAGGACACCAAAGUGUUGCGCUCGUACUUCUAUGCCAUCUCUGAUUUCUCUGUGGGCGGCAGAUGCAAGUGCAACGGCCACGCCAGCGAGUGCGUCGAGGGGGAACGCGGCGGCCUGGUCUGCGUCUGCCAGCAUCACACAGCGGGGGACGACUGCCAGAGAUGUCACCCCUUUUACCAGGACAGACCCUGGGCCAGGGCAACCGGGGACUCGGCCAACGAAUGUCUGAGGUGCAACUGCAAUGGGAGAGCGGACGAGUGUGUGUUUGACAUGGAGCAGUACCGGAGCACCGGCAGCGGGGGGCGCUGCGUGAGCUGCAGAGACAACACCGACGGGGCCCAUUGUGAGAGGUGCAGAGGGAGCCACUACCGCAAAUCUGCAGAGGAGCCAUGCCUGCCCUGCAACUGCAAUAUCAAUGGCUCGGUGAGUCUGCAGUGCGAUGGAGAUGGAAGGUGUGCGUGUCGAGCCGGCGUGACCGGGGACAAGUGCGACACGUGUCGGCCUGGCUUCCACUCGCUCGGCCCUGGCGGCUGCAGGCCGUGUCAGUGCGACGCCGGUGGGAGUGUGGCUGAUUGCUCCCCCCUGGACGGACGGUGCUACUGUAAGGCGAACGUGGAGGGCCAGAGCUGUGACAGGUGCAAGCCAGGAUUUUUCAACCUGCAACAGGAGAACCAAGCGGGCUGCCAACCGUGUUUCUGCUUCGGUCACUCGUUGGCCUGCUCCUCGUCCCAUCACUAUGCUGCUGUCAACAUCACUUCUGACUUCUCUGAAGAUCAGGAUGGCUGGUUGGGAGAGUUCUUCGGAGGGCAGGAGUAUCCCCUGCUGUGGAAGGAAGGUGAAGUUUACCUGCUGCCUCUCACGGAGGAAGACAUUGGCUUCUACAAAGCUCCCGAGAAGUACCUCGGUCACCAAGUCCACAGCUACGGACAGAUUCUCUCCAUCACCUUCACCUCCGAGACCUCCGAGCUGCUCCCCGACCACCUCACCUUGCUCCUCCAAGGCUCCGGAUUCACCGCGUCUGCUGACCUUUCCCCCCGACCCCUGCUUGACGAUGCCCCGGGCCUCACACCGCGGCACUCUUUCACUGUCAGGCUUCACGAAAAUGAGAAGAGAUUCCAGCCAACGCUGUCUGCAUUUGAGUUCCAGCGUCUCCUUUACAACCUGACGGCUCUGAAAAUCAGCAACGCUGGUGGACACAAUUAUACGUCGCAGCUCGCGAGGGUAACCCUGACCUCAGCCAUGAUGUCCUCCGGUCCGCCCAGUCCUCCUGCUCCGUGGGUGGAGUUCUGCUCCUGUCCCCCGGGAUUCGAAGGCCGGUUUUGUGAGAGAUGCGCCCCAGGUUUCACCCGCGAAGACCCCCGUAGAGGGCCUCUGUCAACGUGCGUACCGUGCAUCUGUCACCAGCACGGAUCCUGUCAUCCAGAGACAGGUGUGUGCCAGUGCUCAGACUUCACCACCGGCGUGACCUGCGAGAGCUGCCUGGAUGGUUACUACGGCAACGCUUUGAUUGGCACACCUGGUGAUUGUCAGCCUUGCCCUUGCCCGGACCGUAGCAGCUGUGCCCAAAUUGCAGAAACCGGACAGGUGGUCUGCACCAACUGCCCUGCAGGACAGACAGGGAUGCGCUGUCAGAUGUGCGACGACGGUUACUAUGGCGACCCCCUGGGACAAUCCGGGGCAGCUCGGCCGUGCGUGAGGUGCGACUGCAGCGGCAACGUGGACGCGAACGCGGUGGGGACGUGCGACCGCGUCACCGGCCGAUGCCUGAAGUGCCUGGGACACACGGAGGGCGACCGCUGCCAGCGGUGCCGGCCCGGUUUCUACGGCGACGCCCUGAACCAGACCGCGGCCCAGAAGUGCAAGCCAUGCAGCUGCAGCCCUGCUGGAACCUCUGGGCAAGUUAAUGAAUGCCACCCUCAGACAGGAAAUUGCCGCUGCCUCAGUCACGUGACCGGCCGGGAUUGCAGCUAUUGUGAAGUGGGCUUCUUCAACCUCCAAGCAGGAAUUGGAUGUGAAAGGUGCCAGUGUAAUCCAAUUGGCUCAUCAUCUGAGGCGUGCCAUCCAAUCACAGGGCAGUGUGCGUGCCGCGCUGGGGUGGAGGGGACGCUGUGCGAUUCUUGCCGCGUGGGCUUCUUCGGAUUCUCGUCGCGGGGCUGCAGAGCCUGCAACUGCGACCCAAUGGGCUCCAUAUCCAUGCAGUGUCACAGUAACGGUACCUGCCACUGCCGUCAGGGCUUCGUGGGUUACAAGUGUGACAAAUGUGAGUUGAACUAUUUCCACAACAGAGCCACACACCAGUGUGAGGAAUGUCCGGUUUGCUACGGUCUCGUCAAGAAACAGGCGGAAAAGCUGAGGACUCGCCUGCAGGAUCUGGAGAAGCUCUUGGCUCACUUUGAUUGCCGAGGUAGAUUUGGGAAGCAGCACCACCUGCUGAAGUAUCACAUGGCAAGGCUUUAUGAGCAUGAGCACCAGAGGGAGGAUGCUCUACCCAACGCUCUGGAGGAUUUUCUGGCCUUCCAAGAGGCGCGGGAGGCCUUUAUAAAGCAGUUUUCCUUGCUGGAAGCUUCCACGGGCGCACUUUCAGCCCAGCUGCACGGCAUUACAUCCGCUUUGAACUGCAGCAUCAGCGUGACAGAGGAAGAGGGGAAGGAGAGGAGCAAGGAUGAAAGGAGCAGGGGCGUGUGUCAAACUUUCACUAAACUCCUCCAUGUGAUCAGAGCGUCUCAGGGACGGCUGAAGCAGGCAACGCUCGACCUGGACAACGUGAUCAUUCCUUUCGAGAUGGUGUCAGGACCUAACAAAUGGAACAUGAUGGUCAAUGACUCACAGGUCCUGAUGAAAAGCCACAGAGAAACGGCGGAGCUCAUCGAGGCCGCGGCCAGCAGCGCGGUGAGAGCCUCGAAGCAGACUUUCGGCUUCCUGAUGGAUCUGCUGCGGGACAACUCCACGGAGGAGUACAUCAGGAACCUAACGGAGCAGAUAACGCAAAUGCAGCAGAAGAAGGAGAACCUGACAGCGCAGCUGAGUGAUACUGUAGCCGAGCAGCUGGCCCUGCAGGAAGAAGCUGAGGGUUUGCAGCUCGCCCUCGGCAACAUCACGUCAUCCUUACAUCAGCUGGCUCUGACGGAUGCUGCUCAAUCACCAGAGGCCGACCAAACACAGUUCAAUCAAACAAACCCGGCCAACUACACAACAGAAUGGAGCAAAAACCUGGUGAGACAAGCAGAAGAAAUGAAGCAGCAGAUUCAGAUCAAGGACAGUAACGUCAGUAAGAUCAGAGAGGAGAUGGAGCCUGUAAUGAAGACGGUCAGCGAGAGCUUGGACAUGGUGGACGACAUGAAGGAGCUGCGCGCUCGCGCUGAAGGCGCGAAGGUGAUGGCUUUGUCAUCCGUGGUGACGGGCAAAGAGGUGGAAGCAGAAGCCAUCGCCCUGAACAGACAAAUAGAAAACAUGGUGGCAGAGUGGCCCCGUCGGCAGACCCAGACCAAGGCCGCCAUGAAAAAGGCGAGACCCGCGGGGGAAAAGAUCCUGGGUGAUGUCAGGAGGAGGACCUCGCAGAUUGCUGAGAUGAUAAAACCAGCUCUGGAAAACUCCAGCCUCGCAAGAAACACCUCAGAGGAGGCGGAAGCAUUGGCGCACGCUGUGGCAAAGGAAUCAAAAGCCACCCUAACCCAAGCCAAGCAUACCAGGUCCUCGUCGGCUCACCUCAGCUCCCACAUAGACUCGGCUUUAAAGCAGCUGUCUGAGCAGGAGCUGCGAACUUCCACGGCAAACUCCCAGAUCGCCUCGGAGCCUGAGGUGUCCCUGACCAGCAUAAAGGAAGACAUGGAGGCGGCCAAGCUCCAGCUGGAGGCCUAUUCUGCCACGAUAACUGAGCUGAUCAGCAAGAUUGAUGGGAACGUGCCACUGGAGCGGUUCGACCGGAUCUUGAACGAGACGGCGCGCCGCCUGAGCAUGCUCCGCGGGAGCGUGGACAGCCCGGCGCUGGGCUCCAAGAUCCAGAAACUGCAUUCGGCCGCGAAAGAACAGAAGAGCCGCCUGUCCCUCAUCGAACAGGACAUACAGGAGAUCAAGGAGGAGCGAGACAGUCUCAGGGACAUCGCCUUAAACCUGCCUCAGUCCUGCCCUCAGGCCACGGGCGCGGGCAAAGGCUGAGACACGGCAGAUGACGAGGAUUACAUCAUUGAGAAGACAGCCCGACAUCAGAAAAGCCUGCGAGGAUUUUGCUAGUAAAAGGAGCUGCGGUCAUUUUUUUAUUCAACUUCGAAAAAAAGUCAGUGAUAUCUUUUCAUAUUUCUCGCUCUAUCUCCCUUUUUCGCCGGAAGGUACAAUUUAUUUCACCACCACCGUAACACCGACACACACAUUUCAACCAUAAGCCUCAAAACUUCUCCACUGUCUCCCAUGAUUUAUACCUAAUCUUCCUUCUUCUUGUUCUUUCAGUUUUUUUUUUUUCAUCUUUUUUAACCAACAACAUCCAAAACUUCAAUUUCACCAUGAAUAAUAAGCAGUCGUUCUGAACUGCUGGAGUGCACUGUCAAGUUUAAAACAAUGCUGAUUUUCGCUUGUGGGGCUAAAAGGUGUGUCUGAGUGCUCCUUCAGACUGACACAUUCAUUUACACUCGAGCUCCUUUUCAUCAGCGCCGCUUAAUUAACAAUUAGUCGUCUUGGCCUCAGUGGGGUUCAGGUCAAGCUUCAACAGCACACAACGUGUUUUCAGGAUCCCUCCAGUGCCUACCUCUUUGUGUUUUAUGGUUUCUAAAAUUUCUUUCUUUCUAUUCUAUUCUUUCUUUUCUUUCUGCGCCGCUAUCAAAUUAUCGAACAUCCGUUGUCUCGGCUCGUCACAUGAUUAAGAUGUUAAAGCAAAGCUUCGUAUUCGUGGACCAAACUUAUUUAAAUCUUCUGUUUCUGUGAAUGCUGAACAUCCGAUCCAAAGAUUAGACAAGCGCUCUCAUUCCCAGUCACAUAUAUACAUCUAAGUAUGUACUGUAUGUAAUGCCUUUACAUAGAAACCAUUGCACAAUAAAAUAUGCUUGAAAGGAGCAUUAAUGAAUAGUGUAUCUAAUUUUUAGUGAACAGUAUUGUACGACAAUGUAAUACCACACAACUGAGCACAACUGGAAGUGGAACAGCUAAUUAUAGCUGAGAAAAAAAUGCUUGAAAUUGUAAAUGGUGGUGCAACAUAUUGAAAGAA